GGCUGGGAGUGCGCUCUGCAGCGGGACCGCCGCGGGCCGAGCGAGCAUGUGGGGGGACCGGAGGGUAGGGCAGCCAUCGCUGCUGUGGCCGUCGCUGCUGCUGCUGUUCUCGCUGCUGUCGCGGGGCUGGGCGCUGCACCCUGAAGAGCUCUUCCCCUACGGGGAGUCUCGGGGAGACCAGCUGCUGCAGGAAGGCGACGACGAAAGCUCCGCGGCGGUGAGGCUGGCCGCGCCCCUGCGCUUCUACGACGCCCGGUUCGGCCACCUCUACGUGGGCACCAAUGGCAUCAUCUCCACCCAGGACUUCCCCAGGGAGACCCAAUACGUGGACGACGAUUUCCCUACGGACUUUCCGGCCAUCGCCCCCUUCCUGGCUGACAUCGACACCAGCCACGGCCGGGGCCGCGUCCUGUACCGCCAGGACACCUCCCCGGCCGUGCUGAGCCUGGCUGCCCGCUACGUGCGCCGAGGCUUCCCGCGCUCGGCGGCCGCCUUCGCCCCGACCCACGCCUUCCUGGCCACCUGGGAGCACGUGGGCGCCUACGAGGAGGUCCGGCGGGGGGCUCCGCCCUCGGGCGAGCUGAACACUUUCCAGGCAGUUCUGGCAUCUGAUGAGUCGGAUACCUACGCUCUCUUUCUAUAUCCCAUCAGUGGUCUUCAAUUCUUUGGAACCCGCCCCAAAGAAUCCUAUAAUGUCCAGCUCCAGCUUCCAGCUCGGGUGGGCUUUUGCCGAGGCGAGUCUGAGGACCUGAAGAGAGAAGGAUCAUAUUUCAGCUUGACUAGCAAUGAACAGUCUGUGAAAAACCUCUACCAACGAAGCAACCUGGGGAUUCCUGGGGUGUGGGCAUUUCAUAUUGGCAGCAGAUUCCCUCUGGACAACGUGAGGCCAGCCACAGUUGGAGGAGACCUUUCCACAGCUCACUCUUCAGCUCCUCUGCAACAUUCUUUUAGCCACGCUGCAGCCCUGGAAGGUGACUAUACUGAGGACAAUUUGGAUUAUUACGAUGAGAAUGAGGAGGAAGUUGAAUACCCCCCAGGUUUGCCAGAGGAGGCACCAAAUGGCCACAGCAGAACUGAUGUGUCCUUCCACAGGAAAACUGAUGCAGGCCCUUUUGGAGUUGAUCCAGCUGCCCCCUUACCACACCCAGCACCCAGUGAAUGGCCAAUCUACCCAGAAGCAGAACUGACCACUCUGGACCCUCAGACCAAAGAGGGUGCCUCCCUGGAGGAGGUAGAGACCCUGGAUUUAAAAGGCCAAGCAGAACCUUUGGACCAGACAGGGACUAGAAGCCCAUCUCCACCAGAGGCCAAUAGAGGGUCACUGGCUCCCCCACUGGAAGGCCCACCACCCUACCCUGGGCACAGCGAAGGGGCGGUACCUUCAGAACCGGAUGUUCCUGCAGCCCCUCCAGAAGGGGAAAUCAUCCUUCCUGGUCACCCAGUGCCAGACCACACACCGCCCCUGAGUCAAGGGAGGUAUGUGGUAGGAAUGGAGGACAUCAGUCCCAAUGCUGAGGUCUUCACCUACAAUGCUGGCCGCCAGGAGACCUGCGAACACAGCCAUGAUCAAUGCUCUCGGCAUGCCUUCUGCACCGACUAUGCCACCGGCUUUUGCUGCCACUGCCAAUCUAGGUUCUACGGAAAUGGGAAACACUGUUUACCAGAAGGGGCACCUCACCGGGUCAAUGGAAAAGUGAGUGGUCACCUCCGUGUGGGCCUCACGCCCGUGCACUUUACUGACGUGGACCUGCAUGCUUACAUCGUGGGCAAUGAUGGCAGAGCCUACACAGCCAUCAGCCACAUCCCGCAGCCAGCGGCCCAAGCCCUUCUCCCCCUCACGCCAAUCGGAGGCCUGUUUGGUUGGCUCUUUGCUUUGGAAAAGCCAGGCUCUGAAAACGGCUUCAGCCUCACUGGGGCCACCUUUACUCAUGACAUGGAAGUUAUUUUCUACCCAGGAGGGGAGAGGCUUCGCAUCACUCAAACUGCUGAGGGACUCGACCCAGAGAACUAUCUGAGCAUGAGGACCGAUAUCCAAGGCCAGGUGCCCUACAUCCCAGCAAAUUUUACAGCCCACAUGGCUCCCUACAAAGAGCUUUACCAUUACUCAGACUCAGCUGUGACCUCCACUAGUUCCAGAGACUACUCUCUUACUUUGGGUGACAUCAACCAAACAUGGUCAUACCGGCUACACCAGAAUGUCACUUACCAGGUGUGUAGGCAUGCCCCUAGACACCGGGCUAUGCCUGCCACCCAGCAGCUGACAGUGGACCGGAUCUUUGCCUUGUACAAUGAAGAUGAAGGUGUGCUGAGAUUUGCUGUGACCAAUCAGAUUGGCCCUGUUGAAGCAGACUCAGGCCCUGCUCCAGUGAAUCCUUGCCAUGAUGGAAGCCAUGUCUGUGACUCGACAGCACAGUGCCAUGCAGGGGCAGGUACAGACUACACCUGUGAGUGUGCACCUGGGUACCAGGGAGAUGGACGGAGUUGUGUAGAUGUAAAUGAAUGUGCAACUGGCUUCCAUCACUGUGGCCCCAAUUCUGUAUGUAUCAACUUGCUGGGAAGCUACAGGUGUGAAUGCCGUAGUGGCUAUGAGCUCGCUGGUGACCAGCGCUCUUGCAUCUUGAUUGCCCCACCUCCCAACCCUUGCGAGGAUGGCAGUCACACCUGUGCUGGACAGGCCCGGUGCAUUCACCAUGGGGGGAGCACUUUCAGCUGUGACUGCCUGCCAGGUUAUACUGGCAGCGGGCACCAGUGUUCUGAUGUUGAUGAAUGUGCAGAAAACAGAUGUCACUCUGCUGCCACCUGCUACAAUACCCCUGGGUCUUUCUCCUGCCGUUGCCAACCUGGAUAUCACGGAGAUGGAUUUCAGUGCUCACCUGACUCUACCUCAGGCCUGAAGCCCUGUGAACAGCAGCAGCGCUAUGCUCAGGCACAGCACGCCUACCCUGGGUCUCGACUCCACAUCCCCCAGUGCGAUGACCAGGGCAACUUCCUGCCACUGCAAUGCCACGGCAGCACUGGCUUCUGCUGGUGUGUGGACUCUAAUGGCCACGAAGUCCCUGGCACCCAGACUCCACCUGGCUCUACCCCACCUCACUGUGGCCCACCACCAGAGCCUACCCAGAGGCCUCGGACGGUCUGCGAGCGCUGGAGGGAAAACCUGCUGGAGCACUAUGGUGGCACACCCAGGGAUGACCAGUACGUGCCCCAGUGUGAUGACCUGGGUCACUUCAUCCCCUUGCAGUGUCAUGGGAAGAGUGACUUCUGCUGGUGUGUGGACAAAGAUGGCAGAGAGGUUCAGGGCACACGCUCUCAGCCAGGCACCACCCCUGCAUGUAUACCCACCGUUGCUCCCCCUAUUGUCCGGCCCACACCACGGCCUGAUGUGACCCCUCCAUCUGUGGGCACCUUCCUGCUUUAUGCUCAGGGCCAGCAGAUCGGCCACUUGCCCCUCAAUGGCACCCAGCUUCAGAAGGAUGCAGCCAAGACCCUGCUGUCUCUGCAUGGGUCCAUAGUUGUGGGACUUGACUAUGACUGCCGGGAGAGGAUGGUCUACUGGACAGAUGUCGCUGGACGGACCAUCAGCCGUGUGAGCUUGGAACCGGGAGCAGAGCCUGAGACUAUUGUUAAUUCAGGUCUGAUUAGCCCUGAAGGACUUGCCAUUGAUCAUUUCCGUAGGACAAUGUACUGGACGGACAGUGGCCUGGAUAAGAUAGAGAGGGCCCAGCUGGAUGGCUCCCAGCGCAAGGUCCUCUUCCACACAGAUCUUGUGAACCCCCGUGCCAUCACUGUGGAUCCAAUCCGAGGCAACUUAUACUGGACAGACUGGAACAGAGAAGCUCCUAAAAUUGAAACAUCUUCUUUAGAUGGAGAAAACCGAAGAAUCUUGGUCAAUAAAGACAUUGGAUUACCCAAUGGAUUAACCUUUGACCCUUUCUCCAAACUCCUCUGCUGGGCAGAUGCAGGAACCAAGAAACUGGAGUGUACACUACAUGAUGGCACUGGGAGGCGUGUAAUCCAGAACAACCUCAACUAUCCCUUCAGUAUCAUCAGCUACGCAGAUCACUUUUACCACACCGACUGGAGAAGGGAUGGUGUGAUCUCAGUGAAUAGACACAGUGGCGAAUUCACAGAUGAGUACCUUCCAGAGCAGCGAUCUCACCUCUACGGAAUAACUGUAGUUUAUCCCUACUGCCCAACAGGAAGAAAAUGACUAUGAAACCUAAAGGAAGACUUGAAGUUUACAAUCAGCAUCCUGACCCUAAGAAAAUUACUAUAAAAGAAGAGAAAGUGAAAAAGGAAUUAGCCAUUAGAAAUUACUAGAUAUACAAGAUGAACAUUUUUUAGUGCAACAAGACUAAGUAUAUUUUGUGAAAGUUUAUACCUCAAUCUUUACUACUGUAUUUUUUAAACAAAGGUUAUUUGCAAGCUUACAAAAACGUAAUGAAUUUUAAUAGUUGCUUAUUAAAGCAACUUUUUAUAAACAUAUCAUAUUUUAAAGUUCAAAUUCAUUUAAGAUCCAGUUAGUUUUGGACUCUAAAUCUGAAUUUUAGUAUGGAUUCUUUUUCUGGCCAAGAAAGUAAAGCACAUCACCAAUGAUGUAAUGUAGUUAGAGAUUAUGCAGAACUGAUGGGAAAGAACCAACUUAUUUAUAGAUUCCCAGCCAAAGUUAUGACUUUUUUACCUCUGCAUCAGUGCAUUUCUAUUUAUAUUAAAAGGUGCUACAAUUAAUCAUUUUUAUUUUCUCAUCCCAUAAGUGCCUCUACAAAAGUACCUACUAGAAGUACUACAUUUAUAAAUACCAAAGAUGUAGCAAUUCUCAAAUUACCUAGAUACUACAAUAAAAUAUUUUAAGUUUUCCUGUGA